UGUUUUAAUUUUUUCUGUUUAUUUUGUGUUUUAUAUUCAAUAUUACUAUAUAUUAUUAUAUGCAUUUACAAGAGAACGAUAGGUCAUUGGAGUGAGUUGACAAUAUGUGAGGUUAAACCCUUAAUUUGCAAUGCUAUGAUUAUUUUCAUGGUGUUGGGAGAGUGGGUUAUUUUUUUUACUGAUUUCAAAGUGAUUUUAAUCAUACCAAAGUAGAUUCUCUGUGGUAAUAUAGUAUGCUUAUUUUAAUUGUUUCACUUGUUUUAAAUCUUUUUGUAACAUUUAAUGUACAUGUAAGCCAUGCAAUCCAAAAUCUUUGUAGAACUUAUCACCAGGUAAUUUUUUCUAGACAAAAUUUAUAUUUGUCAAGUCCAUGUAAGCUCAGAAAUGUCCCUCUAUAUUGGCAGCCAUAUGAAAUGACCAUAGAGUUAAGCUUUGUGUAGCCUUGUGCUGUGAAGUUUAGUGUUGAAGUCUGCUUUCUUCUGUUGGCUUUAAGGGGUGGGAAAAAAAGAUUAUAUGGCAUUGGCUAUGAGGUUCUCUGCACUGUUGUGUCGUAGUGCCAUUUAUGAAGUCAUUUUGUACUUUCACUGAAUGUCUUGUUUUGUCCCUGGUUCCUGAAACAUUCAAAAGCCUCAACUUAUGAACUUAAAUGGCAGCUCAUUCAAUUGGUUUUAACAGCAAUGUGCCAUUGUAUGUGCUUCUGAGGUUUUGCUAUUUGAAUCAGUUGUUUUUGUUUAUUUUCUUUAUCACAUGUAAAACACAAUUCAAUGUGAGAUGCUUUUAUUUGUUUUUGAGUUGGUAAUGUGUCCUAAUGACUUCAUAAUACCUGUAUCAAAUCACUAAAUUAUAUCACAGAAGAGUACUUAUCAUAUAACAAAAUGCUGUUCCCAACGAUAUUUUUUGUAUGGUCAUCAGUUUUGACCAUUUCUUCUAUUUGUGCUGGACUGUUAAAUAAUCUAAUGUGAAUUAGGAUUCAUAUCAUUAUUUUCCCCACGCUACUUUGAGAUACGAAUACACACCAUCACUAAAACUAUUAAUAGUAAUUUUGCUAUUACUCUAGUACUCUAGCAUAUGGUGCAAUGGACUAUUGCCUGAUAUUUAAAUAAAAUAAGCCACUCCAUUAUUUUGUCACGAAAAUCUUUAGCUUCUUUAUACUUCUUAACACAGCCUUACCUUGCAUGUAUGGGACAGUGCAGUGCAUGGGACUCUCAAUGUAAUAUCAAACAUGACCAUUUCAUCCACAUAUUUAAAACAAUAAAAGUCCAUUAUUCAGAACGUGAUAUGACACACUAAUGAAACGGUGCCAAUGUAAUAUAACAUGUUUACAUGUAUUCAGUCCUUUUACUGUAGGCAAUGACAGUGGAUAUGUCAUUAGUGACCUGCCGCAGGGCCAACUGAUCUUUUUAGCUUCAGAUUGUGUCAAUCAAACAGACCGUGGAGAUCUCACACACUUUCGUUUGCUUACAUACAACGUUGUGUCAAAUGACCCAUUAUGUAGAGGGACACAAAGAACAUUAAUAAUAUUAUGACUAUGACAGUAUUAAUGCACGCAAGUAUUUGACGUAGGCCUGUAACGGACACAUGUUCAACGGAGAGUCUUCUCAGCUUACAGACGGGCACCCGUGAAUCAACCGACUAAAGCCCCUAUCAGGCAUAUUCUAGGCAGCUCUCUGCAGUGAAGGGGUCUUUUCAGAAAGUCUUCCUUACGCAUGCGCGAACGAUGCACUGCAUUUGCAAAUCAGCAGUGGCAGAGUGGACAACAUACCAAAACCGAAGAAAAUACCGGUGUUGGAAAUAUUUCUUUAAAUUAUGUUUUAACUGUCCACCUUCUCCUGGAAAGUAUGUACUGUGUUUGAAUCGUUUUCUCUUGCUCAGUCAUAGCCAUUUCAUCUGUCAGAACCUCUUAAAAUGAAAGCCUAUUGCACUUGCAGCACAAAGAAGAUCCCAGAUCCUAGUUAGCCGCUACUUAGCUAUGCUAUCCUCUAUGAGAGUCCAACAUUGUGUGCAAGCCAGUAUAUGUUAGUAAUUACUGUGUAGCUAGCUCGCUUCUGUAGUAUUUGUAAUCUACGACAUAAGAUCUUCAUGUGUAAAUGAGUAGCCACCACUGGAAGCGAGACCAGCUUUUACAACAGGGUAACGCUAACUUACACAGAUAGUUACUGAUUGUACUUGUUCUUGUUAACCUCUUAUGUACGAUUUGCCUAUUAACCUUAUCAGUUAACUAGCCUGCAUUUACGCGUGAUACGAGUUGUUCUAUUCAAAGGCGUUAGCCGUUAGCCUAUUUAGGUGUGCGAAUUGCUUAAGUUAUGUUGAACAGCUGGGUCGACUAGCAUGGCUAACCCGGUGAGCUCCCCACUAGCUAGCUCACACAAAUAAUAGUUAAUGCCCAGACAAUAUGCUUAUCAUUUGCGAUUCUUCUUUACCUAAGCGCAGACGGCUGCGUAUGAACACAUUUAGAACUAAGAUGAUUAUUUGUCAUUUUCAGACAUUUAUUUGACAUGAAUGUUUUCAGUGAUCAUUUCUGCCAGGCUUUGUUGUAUGAGUUGGUGUCUGCAAACCAGCCAUUUUCACCCAGACUCAAGCCAUUGAAGAAUUAAGUAGGUUGAGUUUUGUUGUUGAUGGUCAUCAUUAUAGUCAAUUUAAAUCAACUCGUGCGUUCAUUGUGACUAGGAGUUUUCAGUACAGGGGGUUAUUAACUUCGGCACCGGCUACGGAACCGGAACUAUAGUUAGUGCACUAUUGCUACAGAAUUAGAUUCCGUACCAGUGGUUUGAAAUAUUAUCGAUCCUGAACAGUUUUUCUGUCGCAAUAAUAUAUCUACCGUUGUCACGGACGAAUUUUCCGUAUAUUUCUGUCUGUGUGAUUUACGCCUCGUUUCCAGUUUAGUUUGGUGUCCGUAACUCCGUAUAAUAUACGCAAUAUACCCUCUAGUGUUCAACGCAAGGAAAUGCAUUUCUUUAGGGAUGGCGUCGAAAGGAGUGCCUUCGACAUUUCCCAAGAUGCUGCCAAUGCAGACAUAGCAAUAACAAUAAACAAUAGCAUUUAACUCUCACUUGUGUCGGUGUCAACAUGGAAUGAUGCAACGGUGAAGCAACCCCUACUUAUGUCAAGUGAGCGGUAAUAUCAUUGAGGGGAAUCACAGCGGUAGAAUGGGAGUGAGGUAAAGUUGUUAUAGGCCAUCAAACUGAUAAAGAUUGUCGAUAUUUCUAUAUAUUCGGUGAAGCACAUUGUUCAUAUCGCCAGUGAAAGCCAAUUAGCCACUGAUAUCUAUUGCUAUUUGCAGAAGGUUGCCUGUUACUCGAAUUCUCUCUUCAGAAUGCUUAAUGAACUCUUCCACUUUUUAGAACUUCGGUCUAGACCACAGUCUACACCACGUAGCCUAUAGGCUAACUAUUUUAAGCAGAAUAAUAAAGAUUCACAAUGUGUUUAACUAGCUAAACUAGUUUUUAUUUAUAGAAUUACACUUUCUGACUUGAUUAUCUACUAUUUGACUAACUGUCAAGCAGCUGAAUUGAAGGAAAUUGCCUGUUAGCCUAUUCGUUUUUCCAAUGCCAUUAACUUCCUGGCACACAGUGCAUACUGUCUCUGCAAAAUCCACCGCAAAGGUAUUUUGUUUUUAACGUACUCGAGGCAAAUUCGUCACCGAAAAAAGGAAGGAGUUUUGUAAACACAUCGGAGAUCACAGAGGUUCUCAUUGGAAUGAAUGGUCUUCCGGUUGACUCGCAUACCACAGAGAUGAAAACAAGGCAUUAUUCCCAUUUUGUAGCAUUAGAUAACAUGAUGUUCGUCAUUGGAGAAGGUUAAAAGAACGUUUGCCUUUCCCGCUGUGGUGAAUCCUAGUGCGGCGCUUAGGCGCGCCUCCAUGACUCGGCUUAGUCAGUGUUGGCCGUAUGUUUACUCAGUAACUUUGUGACGACAUAAAUUGAUUAAAGCUACUGACCAUAAUUGACGGGAAUUGAAUACGGGUCAUCUGCCUGGAAGGCAGCAAUGCUAAUCUCUGUACCACCAAUGCACUUGGACACCAAGGGGUGCGGGCUACGAGAGCACUGUUGCCAGGGCUCCGCAGCAAUAGUGUCAGUCUUACAGCCAGUCACUUCGAUUAACUUCACUGGUAAUUGGAAUAUAUAUUUUAGGCCUAAUGGGAGGUACACGUUCUCCGUCGUGUUAAACGGUAGCUAGCUAGAUAAUUACCAUUUAUGCAGUGGAACCUACUUACUUUGUGGAGCGUCUGCUCACGUUAGUGCGACGGGACACAACAAAUAUUUCUCCUUGCCACUUGUUCCAAUAAUCAUGUUGGAAUUAACCACUGCGCUGCCUCUCUGUGCGUUCAACUUGAACUAUCCACGCUAAUAAUUCACUUUUUGCCGAUUUCGCCGCAACUGCCAAUCCAUCAAAUUGGAGCAGUCAGCUGGAGCGCCUGUAGGCCCGGGUCAUGCAGUGGCAUCUCCUGCCGUGCCCUGGGCACCUGCCAGGCUGACUGAAGCAUUCGCUUCCACUUCGUUCAUGGCACUCAAACUGCAGGGUGUGCGCUGUGGGCUCAAACGCCAGCUGUUUUAGAGAGCGAUUUAAAAAGGUCAUGGAUGAAUGCUUGAUAUUUAAAUGGAGCGACUCUGCAGAGAAGCUAUUACAGAAGCAGUUCGUCGUUGUGUGUAAUGUACGAGGCGGUGGUACAAGAACCAAGAUGUGAUGGAAAAGGAAUAGCUCUGUGGUGAAUUGUGGUAAAUGUCAUUAAUGUCUAGACUGCAAUUUUUGCUCUUAUUCUCCUAUGGUGGACCCAUUGCUGUAUUCUGAAAUGCAAUGCUCUUGUGUUGCAUUUGUUUCAUUAUACUAUAACUGGAUGCUGUGUUCAUCGAACGUGUGUGUGUGUGUUUAAGACUAGUUUGUAAAAGAGAUGCUUUAUCAUUCUGUUAGCGACUAAUCGCCUCACAGAAGAAGCAUAGUGUUUUUAAGCAGUCUCAGUAAGUAGGGUACAGCACAUUCAAUAUAAGCUCUCGCCGGUUUCUUGUUCCUGUAUCGAUGUCUAUGAGUGUGACGGAGGGUAGCCCAUGUUGUAUUAGUGCCUGUGUGACAUGCUGGCUUGUUUGCCAGUAUCCAACCCCACAUUCCAGCUUCGUUCUCACUUGCAGAUGAACACUGGACUUCAGAAAUGGGACACCACACAGAAGAUGAGAUCCGCACAUUAUCCAUCCCCAGCGGAAUUGGAUGCCUUUGCUAAGAAAAUUGCCAGCAACCCGCUGACCAUCAAGAUCUUCCCCAACAGUGUCAAAGUACCUCAGAGGAAACACAUCCGUCGCACAGUCAACGGCCUGGACACCUCCAGUCACCGCUACAGCCCCUACCCUUCUCAGGAGUCCUCCCGCUCAGGCCUUCUUGCCGUUGUGAAGGUGCCAGUCAAAAGCGUCUUGAAGGGCCUGGACGCCAGUUGCACCCGCUUCCUGCCCAAGCCCAUCAUGAACCCCCACAGCGGGCCCUACGCGGCCCAGAGCACUUUACCGCCUCAGCAGACUGUGGCCCACCUGCUGGCUCUCCCCCAGCCCCCAGCUGGGGCCCACAAGCAGGGCCUCCCCUCCCACCUCCAGCAGCAGCAGCAGCAGCAACCGCUGCAGCAGCAACAGGGCAUGGCACGCCCACAGACCAUCCAGCACCACGGCCUUCCUCAUCCACCCAGUUUACGGCCUCAGCCUGGCCUGAGCCGUCAGCAGGCUCUCCAGCAGACUCUCCAGCAGCAGCAGCAGCAGCAGCAGCAGCAGCAGCAGCAGCAGCAGCAGCAGCAGCCUGGUCUGAGCCACCCACAGAGCUUACUGCAGCAGCAGCAGAAGCAGCAGAUGGCCUCUCAGGGCUUAAGACUCCUGGCAGAGAUGGCUCCCAGGGCCCCCAUGCUGCCCCCACACAGUAUCCAGGCUCAGGCUCAGGCUCAGGCUCAGGCUCAGGCUCAGGCCCAGGCCCAGGGCCUCUCUCAGCCCCAGACUCUCCCCCCUCAGGCCUCCACUACGGCUGGAGCUGGUUCCCCAGCCCCAUCUGGCAUGGUGCUGGUCCCGGGAAUGCACAGCACCCCUCGCAAGCUGCCCGACGGUGAUGCCCCUCCCAAUGUGACCGUGUCUACCUCAACCAUCCCGCUGUCCAUGGCGGCUAGCCUGCACCACAACCGGCCCAGCGACCUCAGCAGCAUUGUGAACCAGAUCAACCAGUUCUGUCAGGCCCGGGCCGGAGCUGCUGGCACGUCGGUCUGCGAGGGCCAGAUCGCCAACCCCAGCCCCAUCAGCCGCAACCUGCUCAUCAACGCCAGCUCCCGUGCCUGCGGCCCGUACCCGCACCCUCACCCUCACCCGCACCCUCACAUGCACCCACACCCUCACCCUCACCAACACCAACACCCUCACCAACACCAACACCAUCACCCUCGCCUCGGCCUCCAGCCUGUCCCCUCCUCCUGUGCCCUCAACCCCAAUGUCUCCCAUGCCAGUGCCAUCCAGCCCACCACUAUGGCUGUCCUGAGUAGGCUGCCCCUCUAUCAGAACCAUCUCAAACAGCCGCAGCCCCACUUACCUCAGCAGCCACAGGCCCACUGGAAGCAGCAGCCGUCGCAGCCUCUCAGCCACAUGUCGCACAUGCCCGACGGGCCGCCACCCUGCAAGAGCGUGGCCCGGGAGGACCCGGGGGGCUCUGGCUUCCCCACCAAGGGCCUGCCCUACUCCCAGGAGGCGUGCAUGGGCCAGCAGCCCUACGGUCUCAAAGCCCCACUAGACAAGCCCACCCCGUCGCCUCCGGUGAGCGGCAUGGUGGGGGGCCCUGGGAUGAACUACAAUAACGGGCACUAUGUGCAGCAGCAGCCGCCUUGGAGCAGCAUCUUGCCCACCCCGAAUAGCGACAGCUCUGGUUCCCAGGACCUGGCCAUAAACUUCCACGGGGGUCUGCCGGGGGGCAGCACCUCCGUUGACUGCACCCAGGGGACUCACUACAGGACUGGAGCUGUCGGCGCCGCCAACGGCCACCCGGGCCUGAUGCCGAACGUGGACUACAUGGCCGGCGAUUUCGCAAGCUUCCGGGAGCAAACCAACCUGGGCAUGAUGGGUAAGAUGCCCAGGCUCCCCGUCAUGACAAACGCUAGGGCCCCUGAUUCAGGUGACAGUAGAAAUGUUCCCAUUCACCACCACCCAGGGUAUAGAUGAGGCUUGACAAGGCAGUCAUUAAGUGUGACGGCAAUUCAUAAAACGCUUAUCGCCCAGUCUCACGAAUAAUCCACAGAGCUCCGGUUUCCCAGGCAAGGGUUAAAACUAGUCCUUGACAAAACUACAUUCAGAAUAAUAAUAAUAAUUAAAAAUACAUUUUUUUUUUUUUUCUCGUUUUUUUGUCUAGUGAGAACACCAAUGCAUCCAGGGCCAGGGUUAAUCCCUGUCUGAGAAACCAGCUUAAAGUGUUUUUUAGAUAAUGAAUAGUGCUCUUAUUGGAGUGUUGGUGUAUGUGAAGGUCAUUAACUCCCCAGCCUUUCCUGUUUCUCUGUGUCCCGGCUGGAUAAAGGCUUGUAACACUCUCCUAUAGAUUACUUUUCAGUUAGAUAAUGAAAAAAAACCUGUGGCUUCAUCUUAUGUCUGCCCGUAGCACCUGGCCCUAAAAUAAAUUGAGCUCAGUUUGUUGUCGGUAAACAAAGUGCUGCUCAGAUUGUAGUGUUUACAUGUAGGGAAUGUCUUGCCAUCACAUAAACGCAUCCAAGUUCAUUAUCUUCUAUUCUCCUUCAAUGUCUCCUUGGAGAGCUAAAUAGAUAUAGGACACUGUGAGGAAGACAUUUCUAUAAUCUAGAACAUUUGUUUGUUAGCCCAAUAGGUCUAUUAAGAUCUUUUUAGAGAUGCCAUGGAAUUGUGCACUCAAGCAACCAGGUUGAACAUAAUCAGUGUUCUCCUUUUGAUGUUUACUUAUCGCUUGCUAUUAUUAUUGUCAC